AUGCCAGACUUUGAAAAGCUUACUGUCGUUAAACUUCGGGAUGAGCUCGUAGCUCGUGGACUUCCAAAGACAGGUCUGAAGGCAGCGCUUGUUCAGAGACUGAUUGAAGCCCAUGGACAACCCGAGAAAACGGAGUCAGCUGCAAACGAGCCCUCUAAGAAUAUUCAGGAAGACGAAUUCGUGACAAAAGCGGUUCCAUUGGAAGCCCAGGCGCAAGAUGCAGUAGAUAACGCGCCGCAACCUGAGGAGCAAGACAAAGACGAACUGAAAGUUGCAGAUGUGGCAGAGGAAGAUGCGCCUCGUUACGAGUCAGGUGAAUUGGUGCGGGCACAAUCUCAAACAGGAGAGGUGCAAGGAGACGAGCGACUUGAGGGACAGGCAUCAGACAUUCUCAAAGAGCCGUCUGGAUAUGUGUUGACCCUCAAAAGCACCCAGAGUGAAAGUCUAUCGGAGAAAACAGACGAAAAUGCAAAAGAGUCAGAGCUUCAAUUACCUAUCCAUGUCCAAACACGGAUUGGAGAUGUGCAGGCCGCCGAGGUUAAAACGGGAAUGUCAACUCAAACGUCGCUCACAGGCGAUGAAAUCUUGGAAGAUUCACGCAAGAGAAAGCGGCGGAGUCAGAGUCCACCCCCAUCCUCUAUGGAAAUCACACAGAAAAGAUUGAAGGCAGACAAUGGGAGGCCCCUAGUAGAACUUCCAGAAGAUUCUAUAGCAGAACGUACAAAUCCAGAAGAAAGGCCGAAUGAUGGUUCGUCACGACCGGAUCCAACUUACGCCCAAGACAGCGAUGCUCAGAUGAGUGGCUAUACAUGCAGCAAUGGGGAAAGUAAAUUCGCCAUAAACAGGACAUCGGCUACAGUUGGACAGACCGAUGCCGCAAGAAUUUCGCAAUCACAAAUUGACCCUUGCGCACUUGAAGAGAUGGGCCCACCAAAGGAGAGAAACGCUACGGCCACACCGGUCAAGAGAGCCGAGUCACCUAUGAAACCAUCAUCAGACACCCGAUUCAAAAAUCUUUUCACGGCUCCUGCCAAUCUGGAGCCCCCGUCCCAACAGUCUCAUUACCCAGAUGCUGAAGACAAAACAGUUAGCCCUGCUCUCCAUCCGGCUACAUCUGCUCUAUACAUUCGCGAACUCAUGCGUCCAUUGAAGAUUGAAAGUCUUAGAGACCAUCUCAUAACCAUUGCAACGCCGCCAGAUACUGCUGUCAAUCCCAGUAUAGUAACGGAUUUUUUCCUUGAUUCCGUGCGCACUCACUGCCUUGUGGGCUUUGCAAAUAUCUCUGCAGCAUCCAGGGUUCGUUCUGGAUUGCAUGAUCGGGUUUGGCCCAACGAGCGAGACAGGCGGCAGCUGUGGGUGGACUUCGUGCCUGAGGAAAAGCUCAAAACGUGGAUCGAUGUCGAGCAAACGGCGGUUAGUGGUCGCGGGCAACCAUCGAAGCGUUGGGAGGUAGUGUACGAGGAUGAAGAAGAUGGUAUCAAAGCCUACUUGCAAGAAGUAGGCUCGAACAGUGGAGGUCUUCGAACCGCACAAACUCCCAGAAUGGAUGCCGGCCAAGGCGUGCAGGCUGCACCACCAUCCGGACCUCGAAUCAGCGGAUCGGAGCCGCGAAGCUCACGAACAAGGCCAGACAGUGGUAAUGGGUUUCGAGCGCUUGAUGACCUUUUCCCGUCGACUGCGGCGAAGCCAAAGCUUUACUACUUGCCUGUUCCAAAGGCCGAAGCGGGUCGACGAUUGGCCAAGCUAGCGGCAGGUCGAGGCGGAGGUCGGGGUAAUGAGAUGAAAAGAUUCUCGUUUGAGGAAGGCUCCAUCGUAGACAAUGGCCCAGAAUUUGGGAGGAGUGGGUAUGGAAGGGGAGGGGGCUACUCAGGAAGCUAUCGGGGAAGAGGCAGAGGUUACAGGGGAGAUGCUUUGCGAGGAGACAGCUGGAGGGACAGGCGUUCAGAAUAUUGA